AUGAAAAUUUUGAUUCUCAUAUUUUUGGCAUUAUCAUUAGCUAAGGAAGAUUAUUAUAAAAUCUUAGGAUUAACAAAAGGAGCUGAUUUGGAAAGUGUAAAAAAAUAAUUUAGGAAAUUAUCUUUGAAAUAUCAUCCUGAUAAAAAUGAUUCUCCUGGAGCUCAUGAAAAGUACAAAAAAAUAACCCAUGCUUAUUAAGAAAUAAUUGAUGGCAAUGCAGAUAAAGAUGAUGAUGAAAUGCCUUUCAACAAUAGACGAUAUUCUUAACCAUUUACUAGAACAUACACAUUCACAGAUGAUCCAUUUAGAAGAACUUAUCAGACAUACAGUGAAUUUUCUAAUCAAAAACAUGAUAGCUUCUUAAGUAUCAACUCAAUUUUUGCUAUUGGAAUUAUUUUACUUUUUGGAUUUGUAAUUAUGAACAUUGUGAAUAAUUCAUAAGAAGAAGGUAAGGAAAAUUAAUCGGCUAAUUAAUAAUAAUAGAAUAAUCAAAAGUAUGAAAAUUAAUAGUAUAAAAGUCAACAAUAAGACAAGAGUUAGACUUAGUCAAAAUAAUUUACAGAAACAUAAUCAAAAUUUACUAGAUUGAACCAGGAUAUAAAGGAGAAGGUUUCAAAUGUUUCUUCCUAUACAGAAUCUAAUCAUAGAUUCUAAUUUUAUGAGAAUUUUAAUUAAUGA